AUUGAAUCUACUCCAUACCAUACAAUACAACAUUGGAAUACAUCCCAGUACAUUGAUCUCAAUGUGACAGCGGCUUAAGAGAAAGAAACACUUGUGCUCCUCAGUGUUGCGUAUGUUUGUCCUCCCAACCACAACCACACUCGAACCCUGCGUCGUCAGCAACCACGGCAUCAUCUGCUUGUCAGGGGUCGUUCAUCCCUAGUCAUAACCUUACCACCAACGUCCAAAAAUUAGACGAGGCUUUCCAAGUUGGAUGGAUCCUUGAUAGUCACCCACCUUCACCUUGGGCACUCCAAACUUAAAGGAUGUUAGUUACUUGGCUUCUUUUCUUCUAAGGACGGGAAACCUAAUUGCGACCAGUCAUAGCAAUUCUCAGAGACCGGGCAUACCAGGUAGGUUAGUUGUUGAAGCGAGCACAGUUUGGCGACUACGUCACGACACAAAGUCAGCUAAGGGCCAAUGCUCUAUAUUUCACUCAAAGACGUCCUAACGGGUAUGACCCGCGCGUUGGCGUCGUUUUUAUCGCUGGAAGCUCCCGUGGCCAUGCAAUACGAUAAUUCUACUUUGACCCUCACCUCCAUCGGCACUCCUGACCCUUUCGUCACCUUGUUUAGAGGCCGUUACUACCUUACCUUCACUGCCGGAAAUAGGGUCGAGAUAUGGUCCUCCCGGAACUUGGCAGACAUCGAGAAUUCCGCUUCUAGGCAUGUAAUAUGGACUCCCCCUCAAGGCACCGACCACUCGGCUGAUCUCUGGGCUCCCGAGCUGCACUCCUUACAGGGGCGAUGGUACGUAUACUACGCUGCAGCUAACCCAGCACAUGGUAACCAGAGCCACCGGAUGUACGUACUUGGAGGUCCUCCAUCAUCCGAAGAUCCGUGUCACGGAAAGUGGGAGUUCCUAGGCCGAAUCAACGGGAUGCCAGACCACUGGGCCAUCGAUGGCACAGUAUUCGCGCUCAAUGGCGACCUGUAUUUUGCGUACUCAGGAUGGCCCCUUGAGGGUGCCCUGAACAACGAAAUCUCAGACCUAGUACAACAGCUCUUCCUCCUUAAGCUCGCAGACCCCACAAAUGCGGCUAGUCCUGCCGUUACUAUCUCCACACCCCAACACCCCUGGGAAAUCACUCGGGAGGGUAACGGCACCGACCACGGCAUCAACGAGGGCCCGCAGUUCUUGAGUUCGCCGGACGGCUCAUGGAAGGGCCUGGUAUACAGCGCCGCUGGUAGCUGGACCCAUGAAUACAAGAUGGGUUUCCUGCGGUACGCCGGGGGCGAUCCACUUAAUGCAGAAGCAUGGCACAAGAGCGAGGAGCCGCUCAUACAGACGCGGAAGCACGGCACGGGCCCCUUCGGUCCUGGCCAUGGCUCAUUUUUGAAUCUCGGAGGCGAAGUCGUAGCGAUCUACCAUGCAACCGAUAACUUAACGGACGGGUGGGAGAACCGCCGUGCCAGGGCACAGCGAGUCGCGUUCACUGAAGAGGGACCAUACAUGGGGCUUUCAUAUGGGUUGGAUAUUGGGAGGUCGGAGGGAGGGCUGGUAAAAAAGAUUAAGCAGAGGUUGGGUAGGGGGAAACCGGAUCUGUCUGGGGAGAAGAGUUUGAGGAACUUAUUGAGCACAGGUGCGUAUAUUUGAGGGCACAUACGGAAUAUAGGGGGGUAUGUUGUAUGGAUGGAUAUGAUAUGAUUAGGAGCGGGAAAAUGAGAGAUAGAUACUUGAGUUAUGAGAUACGUACUGCGUUGUUUACCUAGGUAGUCUAUUAUUGAUAUAUUAUUGAUCUCGAGAUACCUCCUUGACUUGAUAGUGUUUGAAGAAGGUUGUGACUAUCGGCUUCCUACUACGUGGAUGGAUGGAUUGAUACCUAGGUAUAAUGGCGACGAGAUGUACCUAUCCAGUACGG